AUGCAUCACGUGCUGCACUGUCUAACCUCCGAGUCAUCGGCAUAUCGUACUCAAUCACGCGUCUACCUGGCGCUGUUCAUCGUGCUUGACGAACAUGUUCCGUGGACGUCGACUUAUGGCUGGCUCCUGUCGAUGAGUUUCGUGGGCUACGGAGCUGACGUGGGCUGGUUGGUGUAA